GCUCAGCUGAGUGAGCCCGUCAUUUGUGAUAGAAAAGAAAGAUUCACCGUCGACCCUCAGUGAAACAAAGACAUGGGGGACAAUAAGGCAGGAGGAGUUGUAGCAGCUGCAAUGAACCGUUUGCAGGUGGUGAAGGGUUUGGAGGAUGUGGAGGUGUCCGAGUGCGAGAGCUGCUCCUUCGAGGUCACGCUCAACCAGGCUUACAUAGAAGGCACCUGGACGAGGGAUGGAACACGGGUUAAAUCUAGACCGAGUUGCCGCAUCAGCAUGCACGGGAAGAAACACGCCCUCAUACUCACACGGGUGGCUUUGGGAGAUGGAGGCUUGUACACCUUCCAGGCUAACGGCAUCCAGACAUCAGGUCGACUCAGUGUCAGAGCUAGGGACAUCCACAUUGUAAAAGAGCUGGAGGACGUCGAUACAACCGAACGUCAGCCUGUCAGCUUCAUCUGUGAGGUCAACCAGGUGGAUGCAGACGGUCGUUGGUACCGGGACGACAGCCGAAUCCGACCGGGGGACAACAUUAAGAUCAGGCAUCAGGGUAAAACUCACAGCUUGCUCUUCAAGUCAGUUCGUCCAGAGCACGCAGGCGAAAUCAGGUUCACUGCAGAGCGCGUCUCGUCUUAUGCCUUUCUCUCAGUCCAAGAGCUCCCGGUCCAAAUAGUUCGUCCUCUCAGGGUCAAGAUUGCCAUGUACCGCCACAGAGGUCUGCUGGAGUGUCAGGUGUCCAGGCCUAAUGCUCAUGUCAGAUGGUACAAGAACAGAAAGGAGCUCCUUCCUGGUAAAAAGUAUCAGCUGAUCAGCCAAGACGUCUACAGACAGCUGACAAUCGAAGACGUCUGUUCCUCAGAUGAAGACACCUACACAUGUGAUGCAGUGGAUGACAAAACGUCGUGUCAGCUUCUGGUGGAGGAGCAGGCUAUCUGCAUAGUGCGGGGGAUGAAAUCAGCAAGAGUGAUGGAGCCAGAACCUGCCCUGUUCCAGGUAGAAACCAACCUAAAGUCGGGGAGGCCCCCCAAGUGGACCCUGAAUGGGGAGAUUUUGGAGCACUGUGCAGGAGUGAGCAUUGACAGGGAGGGAAACGUCCACAGUCUUUGUUUCACGACCACAGACAGCUCCAUGUCAGGGCCUGUGGUCUUCGUGGCCGGAAAGAGUCGUUGCACUGCUCAGCUUACUGUCAAAGAGCGACCUCUUGAGGUUGUUCACCACCUGGAUGAUGUGGAAGCAAAGGAGAACAGCUCUGUGACUCUGAGCUGUGAGUUUGCCCCCUCUCCCAGGGUGGUCCGGUGGUUUAAAGGUCGCACAGCUCUGAAGACCUCCAACAAGUAUUCCAUGAAGAGAGAAGGGAAACGAGCAGAACUGACCAUUCAUGGCCUGAUAGGAAUGGAUGGAGGGCAGUAUCACUGCAUGGCUGGAGGGACACAAAGCACAUCACAGGUGAAGGUAGAAGUGAGAAUACUGCAGUUGGUCAAACACCUCGAGCCAGUGGAAAUCGAGGAAGAUGGCAUUGCCACUUUUUCAUGUGAGCUCAACUAUGUUGUUGCCAAUGCGGAAUGGCUCCUUAACAAUAUCCGACUCAAUUCCAACUCCAUCAGCCGGAUCCAACACAUGGGCACAAUGCACAGACUUAUAAUGAAUAAGCUUAGACCACAGGAGAGCAGGAUUACAUUCAAAGCAGGUCUCCUGACAGAGACAACUGCCCUGAAAGUCAAAGAGCGCCCAGCAGUGUUCCUCAGAUCUUUGGAGGACGUAGUUGGAGAAGAGCAAGGUAAAGUUUGCCUCCAGUGUGAAAUUUCCAAGGAUUCAGUGACACCUGUUUGGAGAAAGAACGGUAUGGUCCUCACACCGGAUGAUAAGCAUGAGCUUGUGCAGUUUGGGAAGUCCAUGGCACUGAUCAUCCACUCACUGAGUAAAGACGAUGCCGGACAAUACACCUGUGACCUGGGCACCAGUCAGUCCAAGGCUAAAGUUACAGUACAUGACCUUCACAUUACCAUUGUCCAGCGUAUGAAGACAACCUCUGUUCAUGAGGGUGAAAGCUGCACAUUUGAGUGCCAUCUCUCCCAUGAUGUUGACGAUGAGCCUACUUGGACAAUCAGUGGCCAAGCGGUGGUUACCAGUGACCACAUUCAGCUUUUCAGCAAUGGCUGCAAGUACAAGAUGACCAUUAGAGAUGCUGUACUUACUGACGCUGGAGACGUGGUCUUCACUAUUAAAGAUUUAAGUUGUAGGACCAUGCUGUUUGUCAAAGAGAAGCCAGUGCACAUCUUCAGGGACGUGCUGAAUGUCAAGGCUGUACCUGGAGAGGAUGCUGAGCUGAGCUGUGAAAUCACCAAACCGGAAGCCACCAUCCGUUGGCUAAAAAAUGGCCAUCUCAUCAGGCCGAGCCCCAAAUAUAUCAUGAGGGUGGAGAAAAAUCUGGCACGAAUGGUGAUCAAGAAUGCCACCAUCAAAGACUCUGGAGAAUACUGCUGUGAGGCCGAAGGUGUUGCCUCUUGCGCCAAGCUGGAGAUCAGAGAACUCCAGCACACAUUUGUGAGGGAGCUGAGAGACACUCGAGCAGAGGAGAAGGGUAAGGUGACCCUGGAGUGUGAGACCAGGCGGCCAGCCAAGCGUGUGGCCUGGCUGAGGGGCAUGAUGGAGCUCAGGUCUGGGAAGAAGUAUGUCAUCAAGCAGAAGGGAGCGAUUCUGUCGCUAACCAUCACCUAUUUAGACAAAUCUGACUCUGAUCUUUAUACAUGUGAUGUUGGUACCAUGCAGAGCCGGGCACACCUGACUGUGCAGGGUCAGCAAGUGUUGAUCUUGGAUGAAUUAGAGGAUGCAGAGUGUCUUGAGGGUGAAACAGUCACGUUCAGAUGUCAAAUUUGUCCCAGUGACUAUACGGGGGUCAAGUGGUAUCUGGACGAGACUCUGCUUUAUACCAAUGAGCUCAAUGAGAUCCAGGUGGUUUCAGGAGGCAACCACACCCUCACGUUCAGGCAGCUUGCUCGUAAAGACACCGGCACCAUUUCAUUUGUAGCAGGAGACAAAAGAUCCUACGCCUCCCUGUUGGUUAGAGAAAGGCGUCCCACUAUUAUCAAAGCACUGGAAGACUGUGAAGCCAUUGAAGGAGGAGGCUUGGUUUUGUCCUGUGUCACUUCUAAGCCAUGUCACAUUGUUUGGUACAAAGAUGGCUGCAUGAUGUGGCACUCCUCCAGAUACUUCACCAGUCGUUCUGACUGCGAAGCUCGGCUGACUAUUCGGGAGGUCAGCGGCAGUGAUGCUGGGGUGUACGAGUGCAGUGCUGGAUCAGUAACAACAAGCGCUGUUGUCACUGUCAAAGCCGUUCCAGCAGAGUUCAUUCAGCUUCUAAAGGCUGUAGAGGCUAAAGAGGGAGAAACUGUUACAUUAACCUGUGAAUACUCUCUGCCGGGGAUCCAGUUCCACUGGAGGAAAGGUUUGGAGAGCAUCAGGCCAGGAGACAAGUAUGUGUUGAAACAAAGAAAAACAAUCAUCUUACUUACCAUAAAAGCCCUUUCACCCGAUGACUCAGGAGUGUACACAUGCCAGUGUAGACAACACCACACAUCAGCAAGCCUCAAAGUACACGCCAUUCCCAUCACAUUUGUCCAGCAGCUGAAGAACGUGCAGGCUGAGGAGGGCAGCAGUGUCAUUCUGCGCUGUGAAAUUUCUAAACCUGGAAUUCCAGUAGAAUGGAGGAAAGGACAUGAGCAGCUGAAGAACGGGGUCAAGCACCAGAUGAGGAAAAGGGAAACCACCUUGGAGCUGUUUAUUUGGAAGCCUGUGCCUGAGGACAGCGGGGCCUACAGCUGUGUGUGUGCUGAUCAGAUCACAUCUGCCAAAGUCAAGAUCACUGCUCUACCAGUCACCUUCAAGCAAAAGUUGAGAAACGUGCUGAUCGAAGAGGGCAGCACUGCAACGUUGCGCUGUGAGCUGUCCAAGCCUGGUCACACAGUAGAGUGGAGGAAAAGGGGGGAUGAAGUUAUCAGGAAUGGAGAGAAGUAUCACCUGAGGCAGAGAGAUGCGCUUGUUGAGCUCAGAAUCUUUGAUGUAACCCCUGAAGAUGGAGACAUCUACACGUGCAUCUGUGGAAACGUAGAGACGACAGCCACUCUAACUGUGAAUGUGAUUCCUGUCACCUUCAAGCAAAAGCUGAAGAACCUUCAAGUUGAGGAAGGGCAGAACAUCACCCUGCAUUGUGAGAUUUCUAAACCUGGCGUCCCAGUGGAGUGGAGGCUUGGAGGAGAGCCGUUGGAAAAUGGAGACAAGUACCAGAUAAAGCAGAGGGACUCCAACCUGGACCUGACCAUCAGAGACACAGCCCUGCAGGACAGUGGUGUCUACACCUGUGUGUGCAGAGAGCAGAAAACAAAGGCCACUGUAAAAAUCAUUGCCGUUCCUGUCACAUUUAAAGUGGGCCUGAAAAGCCAGGAAGUUGUAGAAGGGAAUAGUGUGACAUUAAAAUGUGAGCUUUCAAAGAAAGGAGUCCCAGUUCAGUGGCAAAAAGAUGGCCAGGUUCUGUCUGAAGAGGGUUCCUGUGGAAAUUACCAGUUAAACUUUGAAGGAAAAACAGCUCUGAUGACGAUUGUCAAAGUGCAACCAGAAGAUGCAGGGAAGUACAGCUGUAUCACAGGAGAUGAGAAAACCACAGCUGAAGUCAGAGUAAAACCGCAACCUGUCACCUUUAAACGAGAGCUCCAGCACCUGGUGCUGAAGGAGGGCGACAGUGCAGUUUUCUGCUGUGAGCUCUCCAAACCAGAAGCUCCUGUGGAGUGGAGGAAAGGCCGAGUCCUCCUGAAGCCAGGAGAGAAAUAUGAGAUGAAACACGACGGGCGUCUAACUAAACUGAUCAUCAACAACGUGGAGGAGAGUGAUGCUGGCAAAUACACCUGCAAGACUAAAGACAGCCAGUCAUCUGCUGACCUCAUGGUCAAAGAGUCACCACAGCACAGACGUCAAAGAGGUCUCCCACCAAGUUUUAAGAUAUUGCUAACAAACCAGGUGGUGAUGGAGGGGAACAGUGUGGUUCUACACUGUGAGCUCAAUAAACCUGCUUCCUCAGUGGAGUGGAGGAAAGGAGGAGAACUGCUUAAGAAUGGAGACAAGUACCAGAUGAGGAAGAAAGACCUGCAGGUGGAGCUGAAGAUCAUUGACCUCACUGUGGAGGACACUGGAGAUUACUCCUGCAUGUGUGGAGAACAGAGGACUUCAGCUCACAUCAGUGUGAAUGAGAGACUCAUUAAGUUCAUUCAAAAACUAAAGAAUAUUCAAGUGCAGGAGGGGAGUGGUGUGACACUCUGUUGUGAGCUCUCCAAACCAGGAGUUCCUGUGGAGUGGAAGAAGGAGGACAUUGUGCUAACCAGUGGUGAGAAAUACCAGAUGAGGCAAAGCGGCUCCAAACUGGAGCUUCUCAUCAGGAAAAGUCUCCCUGAGGACAGUGGCAUGUACAGUUGCAUUUGUGACGACGUAAAAACCUCAGCAACCGUCAUCAUUACUGAAAUCCCAGUGAGUUUCAAGCAGAAACUAAAAAACCAGGAAGCUGUGGAGGAAAGUCAUGUGACAUUUCACUGUGAGCUUUCCAGACCGGGUGUGCCGGUGGAGUGGAGGAGAGACGCACAGCUCCUGAAGGAUGGAGACAAAUAUCAAACAAAGCAAGAGGGCCGAGCGGCAGAGCUGCUGAUUAGAAAUUUAACUCUGGCAGAUGCUGGAGAGUACAGCUGCUCUUCUGGAACUGCUGUGACAUCAGCAGACAUCAGAGUUAGAGCUCUUCCUGUAACAUUUAAGAAGGAAGUAGAGGACUUGGAGGUGAAUGAAGGGGACAGUGCAGUUUUCUGCUGUGAGCUCUCUAAACCUGGAGCUCCUGUGGCCUGGAGAAAAGGCCGAGUCAUCCUGAAGCCUGGCUACAAAUACGAGAUGAAACAGGAGGGAUGUCUCUGCAAGCUGAUCAUCAACAACAUGGAGGAGAGCGAUGCUGGCAAAUACACCUGCAAAACUGAAGAUAGCCAGUCAUCUGCUGACCUCACAGUCAAAGCACCGCCUGUUAUGUUUAAAACAAAGCUGAGGAACCAGCAGGUGGAGGAGGAGAACAGCCUGACCCUGAGCUGUGAGCUGUCAAAGCCUGGCCUCGCUGCAGAGUGGAGGAAAGGAAAAGAGCUGCUGAAGAACGACUUCAAGUACCAGAUUAAAAAUCGCAACAGCGUCAUGGAGCUGACCAUCAAAAACGCACAGCUGGAAGACAGCGGACUCUACAGCUGCGACUACGAAGACGUGAAGACCACCGCCAAUGUCACAGUCACACCCAUUCCCCUCACAUUUAAAUCCGGCCUGAAGAACCAGGAGGCCCCCGAAGGAGGCAAUGUGUGUCUGCGCUGUGAGCUGUCCAGGGCUGGGGUGCCUGUGCAGUGGUGGAAGGGGGAAGACCAGCUCUACCAUGGAGGAAGGAUCCAGAUGGUGCUGAAAGGGAAGCUAGCUGAGAUGACCAUCAGAAACAUACAGCCAGAGGAUGUUGGAGAAUACAGCUGUGUCUUUGGAGGACAAAAAACAACAGCUGAAGUUAAUGUGAGAGCUGCAGCGUCUGUAUUUUUUGAGAAGGAACUGCAGGACCAAGCAGUGAUGGAGGGGAAGUCUGUGCUGAUGUCUUGUGAAGUUUCUAGUUUGAACGUCCCUGUCACUUGGAAGAAAGACAACACUGUGGUGGAAGAAGGUGGGCACUAUGUUGUAAAGAAAAAUGGCCGCUUGCACACUCUGGAGAUCAAAAAGUUGCAACUGGAGGACUCUGGAGAGUACAGCUGCAUCACUAGAGGCAAGAAGACAACCGCAAGGCUGAUUGUGAGAGAGCGUAUUCGGAUUGUUAAAGAGCUGCUAGACAUCACUGUGAUGGCAGGAGAGGAUGCUGUGUUUAUGUGUGAGCUGAGCCACUCAGAUGUGAGUGAGGGCACCUGGUGGCUCGCUUCGAGCCCUCUGCAGAAGAACGAGAUGAACCAAAUGACAUCCCAAGGCCGACAGCACGUCCUUGUCCUCAAAAUGACGACACCUGAAGAAACAGGAACCGUGGAGUUUGUGGUUGGGGAGGAGAGGACUUCUGCACAUCUGCUAGUUGUUCCUAAACCUAAAGUUUUAUUUGAGGAAAAACCCAGAGACACUGUGGUCAUAGAAAGGCAGACAGCUACUUUGUCUUGCACCACGUCUGACUCCACCACAUCAGUUACCUGGAAACGCAAUCACAUCCCUCUUCAAAGUGGUGAUAAAUAUUUGCUGCAGAAGCAGGGUAAAGUCAACCUGCUGCUCAUCCAUGACGUGGAGCUCCAGGAUGCUGGCGUAUACUCUUGUGAUACUGGAGAUGCGCAGAGCAAUGCCAAGCUCAUUGUGACAGAGCUUCCUCCAUUCUUUCAGGAGGAGCUACAGAGUGUGGAAGCUGAAGAAGGAAGUUCUGUGUCCUUCUACUGUGAGCUGUCCAAACUUGGAGUGCCCAUUCAGUGGAAGAAAGAUAGGGUGCCUAUAAGAACGAGCUGGAAGUACGAGAUGAGGCAGGAUGGCUGCUUCCUCCAGCUUUACAUCAAAGAUCUGAAGCUUGAGGACAGUGGCACCUACUCGUGUCAAGCUGGGAGUGCAGAGAGCACUGCCACCAUGUCUGUGAAAGAGGUUCCCCCAUUUUUCAAGAAAGAAUUAAGAAGUGUUGAGGCUGAGGAGGGAGGUGCAGUCUCAAUGCAAUGUGAACUGUCUAAACAUGGGGUGUCAGUUCAGUGGAAGAAAAACAGACUACCCCUUAGAGCAAGCAGGAAGUAUGAAAUGAAACAAGAUGGCUGCCUCAUCCAGCUUUUCAUCAAUGAGCUCAAACCUGAAGACAGUGGCAGCUACACCUGCCAAGCAGGAAGCACAGAAACAAUUGCACAGGUGUUGGUGAAAGAGCGCUCACCAUAUUUCAAAAAAGACCUGCAGAACGUUAAAGCUGAGGAGGGGAGAACAGCUUCUCUUUUCUGUGAAGUUUCCAAACCUGGUGUGUCAGUACAGUGGAAGAAGGAUAAACAGCCUCUGAGAGCAAACAGGAAGUAUGAGAUGAAGCAAGAAGGUUGCCUUGUUCAGCUCGAUGUCAAGGAUCUCAAACCUGAAGACAGCGGCAGCUAUACAUGUCAAACAGGAAGUGCAGAGACCACUGCGGCUGUGUCAGUGAAAGAGCUUCCUGUAUUUUUCAAAAAAGAGUUACAAAAUGUGGAAGAUGAGGAGGGAGGCAAAAUCUCCCUGUGCUGUGAACUAUCCAAGCUUGGAGUUUCAGUCCAGUGGAAGAAGAAUGGUUUAUCUUUGAAAUCCAGCCAGAAGUAUGAGAUGAAGCAAGAAGGUUUACUCCUACAACUCAACGUUAAGGAUCUCCGUCUUGAAGACAGCGGCAGCUACACUUGUCAGUCAGCAGGUUCAGAAACCACUGCAACUGUGUCAGUAAAAGAGCUCCCACCAAUCUUUAAGGAUAAUUUGAAAGAUGUGGUCAUUAUGGAGGGAGGUUCAGCCUCUCUGUGCUGUGAAGUAUCUAAACCAGGUGUACCAGUACAAUGGAAGAAAAACAGGCUCCCACUGAGAGCGAACAGGAAGUAUGAGAUGAAGCAGGAUGGCUGCUUCCUCCAACUUAACAUCAAAGAUCUCACACCUGAGGACAGUGGCAGCUAUUCAUGUCAAACAGGAGCUGUAGCAACCACGGCUAACGUGAUAGUAAAAGAGCUUCCUCCCUUCUUCAAGAAAGAAUUAAUAGGGCUGGAGGCUGAAGAAGGAGGUACAGCAUCUUUGGUCUGUGAAGUGUCUAAACCUGGAGUGUCAGUGCAGUGGAAGAAAAAUAAAGUGUUAAGUUCCAGUAAGAAGUAUGAGAUGAAGCAGGAUGGAUGCCUCGCUCAGCUCAACAUUAAGGAUCUCAAACCUGAAGACAGCGGCAGGUACACAUGUCAAACAGGAAGUGUGGAGACCACUGCAGCUGUUUCAGUGAAAGAGCUCCCACCACUCUUCAAGGAAAAUUUGAAAGAUGUGGUCAUUAAGGAGGGAGGUACAGCCUCUCUGGUUUGUGAGGUAUCUAAACCAGGUGUACCAGUACAAUGGAAGAAGAACAGGCUCCCACUGAGAGUGAACAGGAAGUAUGAGAUGAAGCAGGAUGGCUGCUUCCUCCAGCUCCACGUCAAAGAUCUCACACCUGAGGACAGUGGCAGCUAUUCAUGUCAAACAGGAGCUGCAGAGACCACGGCCACAAUGACUGUGAAAGAGCUUCCUCCUUUUUUCAAGAAAGAGCUACUAAGUGUGCAGGCUGAGGAAGGAGGUACAGCAUCUUUGGUCUGCGAAGUGUCUAAACCUGGAGUGUCAGUGCAUUGGAAGAAAAAUAAAGUUCCAGUAAGAUCCAGUAAGAAGUAUGAGAUGAAGCAGGAAGGCUGCCUUGUUCAGCUCAACAUCAAGGAUCUCAAAGCUGGGGACAGCGGCAGCUACACAUGUCAAGCAGGGAGUGCAGAGACCACUGCAACUGUAUCAGUGAAAGAGCUCGCUCCAUUCUUCAUCAAAGAAAUACAAAGUACAGAGGCUGAAGUGGGCAGUACAGCUUCCAUGUGCUGUGAGUUAUCCAAACCUGGAGUGUCUGUUCAGUGGAAGAAGAACAAUCAGCCACUAAGAGCCAGCUGGAAGUACGAGGUGAAACAAGAUGGCUGUUUCCUACAGCUUCACAUCAAGGAUUUCAUGUCAGAGGACAGUGGUAGCUACUCUUGUCAUGCGGGAAGUGCAGAGACUUGCGCAACCAUAACAUUAAAAGUGCAACAAAUAUCUCCACCAAAAGCAACAUCUACCUCAGUACUUCCACAGAUAAAAGGAACUGUUUCGAAAACAGCUCCUGAUUCAGAACAGGACAAGUCCAACCUUUCAGAGACCAAACCUGGUCCUCCUGAGCCCAAAAAGAGGACUAACAGGAGAAUGUCUAUUACUAAUUCUGAUAAAGACGUGGAGCCACUUUAUGACCUAAAGGCAUUAGUGAUUAAAGCGAAAACAGACGAGAAAAAAGGCAUCCAGCUUGAGAAACCAACAGAAAAAGAUUCAGCUGUUGCACAGGAUGUCAAGCAUGUGGAGAGAAAUGAAGAAACUGAAGCUGGUGUGCACAAGAACGAUGCUCCAUCCGUGGGACUACCACAGAAGACUGAUACAGAAAGCAUGAAGGGUGAAGAGCCAAGGAGAUGUUUGGACAAAGAAAAAGAAGUUUUCUUGAAAAGGAAACAACCAGAGAUGAUUAUGAAGGAAUUUGUUGAAGUGGGCCCUGAAAUAAGUCAGUCAGACAGACUAUUUGACAAAACUCUGCUUCAAACGAAACAAGUGGAAAAUAAUUAUGAAAUGAAAAAGAGUUUGAAACUGCAAGAAAGGUCUUCAGAGAAAACAAAUGAAGUUUAUCAGGAGAAGAAACAACCAGCAACAACGGUUUAUAAGGACAGUCAGGAUGGCAAACACCCUGAAAAAACACAAGGAAAAGUGAAUGGGAAAGAAACGACUGAUCAAAAUGCUAAGUCUUCAGAAAGGAUAGGUGAAUUAGAAAUUAUGGAAGAGGUGCCUUUGAUAGCACCAGUAAGGAUGAAAGGAAAAGCAACAAAUGGAGUCAAGUGUGAUUCAAAAGAAACAAAGGAUAUUGUUCCUCAAGUAAUAAAGCCUUCGCUGAGUGUUCCUGAAGAAGACCACAAACAGACAGAAGUUGCAAAUAAGCAAAUUGCAAAGCAGGGAGAGAAACCAACACUGAAAUUAAUGCCCUCUGUAAAUCAGAUGGAAAAACAGUCAGUGGAACAACAAGAAAAGCUUGAUGAAAAAGGGGUUGUUCCAAAGCCACCUACGAGGAUGAAAGGACGAGCAAAACGGGACAUGGAAAAACAACUGUCAAGGGACACAGAGACAGAUCAAGAUGAACAAGAUCCAAGAAAUGUACGGGCAGGUUCCGCUGAAGAUAAAACUAUAAAACAAGCAAUAAAGCCUUUGAGAAACGAGACUGAAGAGAAACCGAGACUGGAGCGGGACUGGUCCAUCAUAACGGAUGAUAAAGCUGUGGAUGAAAUAAAGCAGCCGAUCAAGCAACUAGUUAAACCCAUUAGAAAAGAUCCUGGAUUAGUUCAGGAAGUAAAAUUGGCUGUUGAGCCAAGAAGAAGAGAAAAAGAACAACAAACAGCAAAAGUGGUGGAAGAUGUUCCGCUUCUUUACAUUUCAGAAGAUGAAACUUUCUCAGAGGCACUGACAGAGGUACAACCUAACCGUGUCCUUCCUAUUGACUCUGAGGUUGAGAGGCAUCCAGAAGAGCUGCCUCUUCAGGAGAUACAGACACCAGCGCGUUCUUCUCUAGAGGCUACAGAAGAAACCCAAAUGCAAGAGGCUGCAGUCAAGAUCCAAGCAGCCUUCAAAGGAUUUCAAGCCCGCAGAGACUUGCGUCCAGCUUUUAAAGAGGUGUUCAAAAACCAGAAUGCAGAUCUUCAUGGUACACUCACCCUAAAGUGCAUUGUAGAAGGAAAGCCCAGCACAGUGUGCUGGCAGAAAAAUGGCCAGCAAAUCACCAAUGAUCUGCGUUACCGGGUUGAAACUUCAGAGAAUGGAGAAUGCACACUUGUGGUCAAAAACUUGACUAACGGUGAUAGUGGAGUUUAUACCUGCGAGGUGGCAAAUAAGUUUGGCGUCACCUCCUACAAUGGAAACAUAACUGUAGUGAAGACUCCGCAACCUGCUUUAGCACCCCAGAAGCCGAUACACCCACCUCUUGCUGCCAUAACUCCUUUGCAGCUUGCACCAAUAAAAUCUGAAGCCAAGGCAGAACCACAAACUCAGGAUCAGCUUCAGAGUCAAGAACAGGCGGCAGCGUCGAGAACAGAUGCUGGGAACUAUGUGGAGAGUGUUAGUGUGUCUCUGUGGGAGGCCUUCAACCUGACAGAGCAGGACGCACAGAGGAGACUACAAGAGAGGAGACGAUCCUCGCUUGUUGCUGUCAGCUCCAUGUCGAGUCCCUCUGAUUACGACACAGCUCCAGAUGUAAUCGAACCAGUCGAGACUGUCCCGCUCAUUUCAAGUGAAGUAUCAAAACCAGAAGACACAAUAACUCCAAAGAAUGAGAAGGAAGAGACAAGUGCUCUGCAACCUCUUAAGAAACUUUUAGAUGUCAAAGGACCUUAUGAAAUCAAAUUGAGAACACCGUCUCCAAAACAUCAUCGUUCCCACACACUUUUAACAAGCACCGUAACUGGAUCAGAAUCAGAGGGAGAAGAGGACACACGAGAGACUAAUGAAAUAUACGUGGCUCGAGCUGACUGCAGUCCUAAUUAUGGGUUCAAGGACAGUUUUGUUCUGAAAGAGGGUCAGUUUGUGGAGGUGCUGGAUUCUGUUCAUCCUGACAGGUGGUUGGUGAGAACCAAACCCACCAAAACUAACCCUUCUCGUCAGGGAUGGCUGUGCCCAGCCUAUCUGGAGAAGAAGAGAAAGGAGACGUUCCAUCAAAGGAGAGUAGUACCUCAAGAAGAUCUUGAUGGGAUUGGGUCUACAUGUGAAGAGUACAGGAGAGCUUUCAGUCAGCUGAUCCAAGGUCUGAUUGAUGGAGAAGAGGAGUUUGUAAAAGCGAUGAGGAUGUUUAUCUCCCACCAGCUCAGUUGUCUGGAUCAUAGCCACCAUGUCCCCAUUAAUGUCCUCAACAACAAAGAGAUCAUUUUCAGGAACAUCAGGGACAUUGUGUCCUUACAUGAACGUUCCAUCCUUCCUGGUCUGAAAAAGUGUGGAACAGAUGACGAUGUUGCCGUGCUUCUCAUUAAACACGCCGAAGACUUUGAAAAGUAUCUUCACUACAUGGUGGGACAAGCACAAGCAGAGGCCUGCAUCAGUGACAAGGCUGUCCAGCAGUACUUCAACGAGAUAACAGAACGUGAGAAGCCUGAUGCUGCAGUCAUGGACGUCCUCAAUUUCCUCCAGCAGCCAGCGGAGAGGAUUCAAACCUACCAGAGUUUACUAAAGGAGUUAAUAAAGAACAAAGCUAAGAGUGGUCAGAGCUGCUAUCUGUUGGAGGACAGCUUCUCUGUGGUGUCCUGUUUACCUUGGAGGUCUGACAACGUGCAUCACGUGUCCCUGAUUGAAAACUAUCCAGCUCCUCUCACUUCUCUGGGUGAGCCUGUGCGACAGGGAGUCUUUACAGUGUGGGAGGAAUCCCCUGAAAUGAAGACAACCUCUAGAGGGCAUCAAAGACAAAUCUUUCUCUUCAAAGAAUGCAUUGUACUGUGUAAGCUGAAGAAAGACACCAACUUGAAUCGUGACACAUACAGCUUCAAGAACAAGAUGAAGCUGAAUGAUGUGGAAAUAAAGGAGAGCGUGGGUGGAGAGGACAGGUCUUGGGGCUUGUGGCAUGAGCACCGAGGCUCUAUUCGGAGGUACACGUUCCAGGCCUACUCUGCUCUUGUUAAAGUCUCCUGGCUGAAAGACCUGAAGGAGCAGCAGCAACGCUCCAGCCUGCUCACUACCAAACCUCCUGUGUUCGAGUUGCUGCUGUGCGACUGUACAACGCACAUCGGGCAGACAAUCAAACUGAGCUGCAGAGUGUCAGGAUCACCAAAACCUGUCAUCAGCUGGAUUAAAGAUGGUCUUGCCCUGGAGGAUGACCCACAUCACAUCAUCACAGCCGACCGGUCAGGAACAUGCAGCCUCGUCCUGGACUGCCUCACCUCUGAGGACUCGGGGCAGUACACGUGCUAUGCCACCAGCUCCAUGGGCAGAGCUGGAACUUUGGCAAAGGUGUUGGUUCAGGCUCCACCCAGGUUUGUACGUCGGCUGGAGAGUGCUUGUCUGAUAGAGGGAGAAGAUAUCCAGUUCUCUUGCUCCACACGCACUGCUCCUUUACCAAGAAUCAGGUGGUUGAAAGACAACAGGGAGUUGGUUAGCGAUGAUAAAUAUUCUAUUGUGAAUGAUGCCCGAAGUGGAAUCUUGUCUCUAACAGUCAUUGGUGCAACAGAGGCAGACAUUGGACAGUAUGAGUGUGAGCUCUGGAAUGAACUUGGUUGUGUGAAGUGCAAAGCAGGUCUUUGUCCCACUUUUGUACCACCGACUGACACGGACAGUGACCAACCCCAGGACUUACCAGCUAAAGAUGCUGACUUAGAGGGUUGGUCCACUGCCUUUGUAAAGAAAUGGUUACAGACUGAUUUCAGUCCCACUUCUAUCACAAAAAUGUUGUUUCCUGGAGAAUCUGAACAUUCUGCCACGGAUGUUCACUCCCCACCAUCGGAUCGAGUGGAACAGCAGCCUCCAUGCUACCUUGAGGAAGAAGAAGAGAUCUUCAUUGCAGAGCCCAUGCAGGAAAUCACAGAUGCUCCUCCCUCCAUCCAGGUACCUGCUGAGGACCUGAGUGUAGAGCCAGGACAAUCAGCAAAAUUCACAGCCAUCAUCACAGGAAGACCAACUCUUCAGAUACAGUGGUACAAGGAUGGAGAGGAACUUUCUGCCAAUGAGAACGUGAAAAUAGUGCAACACGGCGCCCGCUGCUCGCUGACCAUAUUGUGCCCUGAGGGGGAGGACAGUGGCGUAUAUACCUGCUCCGCUCACAAUGACUCUGGCCAUGCCUCCUGUGAAGCUCAGCUAACAGUUGAAGAAGGUCUGCUUGAUUCUCAGGAAAGAGAGUUGGAGCUGAGCAAGAGAAGGAAGUUAUUUUCUGUCUACGAUGUCCAUGAGGAAAUUGGAAGGGGUACAUUUGGGGUGGUAAAGCGUGUCAUCCACAGAAGAACAGGGGAGGUGUUUGCUGCCAAGAUUCUGCCUCUGCGGAGCAACACUCGGACCAGAGCCUUCCAGGAGAGGGACCUUCUGUCCCGUUUAGCUCAUCCCAGGGUGGCCUGUCUGCUGGACUUCUUCUGCACCAGGCGUACGCUGGUGUUGAUCACAGAAAUCUGCUGUUCUCAUGGACUUCUAGACCAUUUGUUGCUGAGAGGGCUGGUCUCAGAAAAAGAGGUUGAGUUAUAUAUCCAGCAAAUUCUAGAAGGAGUUGGUCACAUCCACAGUUUGAAUAUUUUGCAUCUGGAUAUUAAACCUGAUAAUGUUUUGAUGGUGUAUCCUCCAAGAGACGAGAUCAAGAUCUGCGACUUUGGCUUCUGCCAGGAAAAAGACACAUCCCGACACCAGUACUGUGCGUUUGGUACACCGGAGUUUGUUGCGCCUGAGAUUGUUCACCAAGAACCCGUCACUGUGGCCACUGAUAUUUGGGCUGUCGGUGUCAUUGCAUACCUGUGUCUUGUGUGCCGAUGCCCCUUUGUGGGUGAAACUGAUCGUGCAACGUUGCUGAGAGUGGGAGAGGGAACUCUAAACUGGAACGCUCCCGACGUCACGUGCAGGAGCCCUGAAGUCCAGAAUUUUCUUCAUAUGGUUCUUCAGCCAGAUCCAGAGAAAAGACCUUCUGCCUUUGAGUGCUUGAGCCACGAGUGGUUCCAGGAUGAACAUGCAGGAGAGGACACUGAACUAAUCAACACAAAGAGUUUAAAAACCUUCAUCUCUAAAAGAAAAUGGCAGCGUUCUUUAACAUGCAUAGGAUCGGUGCUCACUUUACGACCUAUUCCUGAGCUGUUAGAUGCUCCUCUCAGAGAAACUUCAGUGACAGUUCCCUGUGAGCCUCAGGAGCACAGCAGCACCUCCAUGAGCAGUGGCUCCUCAUCUGAAUACGAUGAGGCUGACUCCUGGGACUUUUUCCAACACUGCAGCCAAACCGAGGAGGAGGAGGAAGAAACAGAGGAAGAAUAUGAUCCCUUAACGGAGAGAGGGCAGAUCCCUGAGCCUUUUGCAAGACACCACUUGGAAAGAGAGGAGGAUGAGGAAGGAACAUUAGGGGAGGAAGAGGAUGGGAACAUGUUGGGAAGGAGGAGUGUUGUGGAGCUGAGUGUGAGCAGGCAGUCGCUUGCAUCGUCAACAACAACAGAACAGCUGACGCCUCAGAGGGAGCGACGCUUCAGUAAGGACAGUACUCCAUCUCUCUGUUUCUCUGAUGGAGAUGAGGGUUCAGGGAGUGAUGGAGGGCGCAUCCCUCGAGGGAGGGUUAUCCGAAGCACCUUCUACAACACCUCCCAACAGCUUUCACCAAUGUCUGCCAGACACAUGACCUUAAGAGAUAAGUUCCAAGCUAAAAAGCAAGAAAGAGGCCGCAAGCCUCUCAGGAGGAGCCUCUCAGGACGUCUCAGUGAGCCUCUCAUUGAAUAUGUGGAGGAUGAAAUGGAGAGCGGCCGUGGACAGAGACGAGGAUCCAUCCAGCCUACCAUGCAGAAGUCCUGCUCGUUUGACAGCGGAGUGGGGCUUCUCCAAGCCAAUCUACCCCCUCACAGAAGGAGCAGGUCUCUAGAUGAUCAUUCCCGCCGAUCUGCCAGCUCACCCAGCCAUGCAAAGAGAGAGAAAGAAGGCUCUCAGAAUACAGAGGAUGACUUCACGGAUGAUGAAGCGACAGGGAGAAACUCACUUGUGAUUCCCAGCCCUCAACAGGCCACAAGAAGAAGAGGCUCUGUUGCUCCAGUACACAAUGGUGGGUCGUCUCUGCCUUCUGAAUUCCUUGCUGGAAACCGAAUGAUUUCAAUGUUAGAACAAGAGCAGACAGAGCGACAAACCAUUGCCAGUUCCCAAGGGUCUUUGGCUGAGUCCUUUAUUUUGGAGCAUGGCAGCUCUGAAUCUUCAAGUAGGCUUGGUUCCUUUGAAGAGCUCAGUCAUGAUCAGCUUGGUAGAAUAUACAGAUCAGGAGAGAGUGAGGAAUAUGACGAACAGGGUGAACCCCUGAUUUCACCUUCUCCUUACUCAUUUCAAGAAUCAAAGCCCAGAGGCUCAUUUCCUCAGGCACCGCCACGUAAUCGCACAAGGUCUAAUCCAAACUUAUCAGCCAGCAGCAGAGGUCAGACCAGGAUGUCGGCAACACCUAGUCCCAGUCCCAGCCUCUCCUCUCUACAGGGGCCUGAGAGGCCUCCUAGAGUCAGGGACAAGAAGGCGAGCUCUGGCCUCCAAAGGCAUGCAUCUGCUCCAGUCCUUGAAGUCAGGCCAAGCCCAGGACAGUCACCCAAACUAGGACUCUUGAAGAUCUUCCGCAGGCAGUCCUGGACUGGCCAUUCCUACUCCCAGCUGGAAAACACAGAGUUAGGACCCACACUGGGAGAGAUCAUGAAACCUGAUACACCUACACUGUCUCUGAGGAAGAGGAUGAGAGCUUCAGCCUCCAGUCUGACCAAACUGUUUUCCAAGUCCACCAGUAAGGAGGAUUUGAGCAAGGGAGGGUCAAUAGUGAAAGGAUCAGCUCCAGUCCCACCUGAGAGAGAGCAUAGCAGCAGUGGUCUCGACAAUAAGAGAGGCUCAAAACUUUUGUCUUCUUUCAAACUACCAGCUUUAAAAAAAACAAAAGCUCGCCCUAACAAGGCUGACGUGCUGCAGUUACAUGGAGGUGGAGUUCUGCUGGUGUGGAGGCCCGUUCUGUGUCCCGACCCUGUCACUUACUGUGUGCAGUACUGCACAGACGGUGGGGAUUGGACAGUUGUGUCAGAUGAGGUGGCAGACAGCUGCUACGUGGUGAAGGACUUACUCAAAGGAGCGUCAUAUGUGUUCAGGGUGGGCUGCAUCACCAAGAAGGGCGCUGGACCUUUCAGUGACGCUUCAACUCCUAUUGUCAUGGCUGCUCAUCCUGAAGAGAUCCGUGUUCCUCUUAUUCAGACUGAGCUACUUGGGUCAAAGGUCCCUGGAACAGAGCAUCAAACAAUAAAGCAUCACUACAGCUUCCUCUCUGAGAUCAACAGGGGUCGUUUCAGUGUGAUAAACUUGUGCAGGGAUGUCGAAACCAGCCGGGUGUUUGCUGCUAAAAUCUCUGCCUACCAGGCAGAGCAGAGACAACUGGUGCUGCAGGAGUACCAGCUGCUGAGGAGACUUAACCACCCUCACCUGGUUCAGCUGCACACAGCCUUCAUCACCCCCAGCUAUGUGGUGUUAGUGGAAGAGCUCUGUCCUGGCAAGGAGCUGCUCCACAGUCUGGCUAUGAGAGAUCUGUAUUCAGAGACUCACGUCACAGAGCUGUUGAUGCAGAUUCUGAGUGCCGUGGACUAUCUUCACAGCCGUCGGAUCAUCCACCUGGACCUGAAGUCUGACAAUAUGCUGGUAGACGACUGCAACCACCUGAAGAUUGUUGAUUUUGGCUCAGCUCAGUCCUUCAUACCUGGACAGCCUCUCAACAUUGAGCACAUUCAUGGCCCCUCAGACAGCAAAGACUGCUGCAGGAAAGUUUAUAUUGUUCUUCCUAAAGCUCCAGAGAUCCUGGAGGGUCAUGGAGUCGGGCCUGAGACGGAUAUUUGGGCUAUUGGAGUUCUGUCAUUCAUCAUGUUGAGCGCUGACAGUCCAUUUCACUCAGACCUCAGCUGGGAGCAGGACAAAAAUAUAAAGAAAGGGAAGAUCCAGUUUGGACGCUGUUAUCCGGGUCUGUCAGAGGGAGCCUUGAACUUCAUGAAGAGCAGCCUGAACAACAAAUCCUGGGGGAGACCCACGGCGGCCGAGUGUCUCCAGAACCCGUGGGUGCGUGCUCAUCGGGGCCCACUCAAAACCCGGUACUCCAAAGUGUGUUUCUCCACAGACAAGCUCAAAGUUUACCUCCAGCAGAAAGAGGAGAAACGAGAUCAAGUGCGCACAAAGCUGCAGGGUCCGUCCUUUCAGUGA